AUGGGAUUCAUUCACCACAGUUCCAACGAUGCCGUAGUCUCCGAGGAAGCUGACGAAACGCAAUCCCGUCCUUCGAAGGGGAAGGGAGACGCGGUGGCCUUGGAUGAGAAAAUCAAAAUGCUAGAAGUUCAGGGGGCCUCGCUUAGAGAGAAGUUGGAGAAGGAGGGAAACGAGAAGGAGGGAUUUUCCAGGGAAAUUGCUAGAUUGUCUCAAGCUCUUUCUUUAGAACAGGAACGAGUUUCCGGCUUGAAUAGGGAGCUCCAGCAACAGCGGGCAAUUCAAGAGGAGGCAACACUUGAAUUAGCCGCGCUGAAAGAGAGGAAUAAGAGCCAGGAGGAAAAAAUCCAGAUUCUGCUUCAAGAGAUAGGUGCUGCUAGCCAAAUCUCCGUAGAAGAAAAACCACAGGUAAAGACACUUGAUGCAGAAUUGGGUUUAUUGAACAGGUCAUGCCCUGUGGUAGACGUUGACUUGGCAAAGCAAGAAAUUAUGUCAGGAGAUGAUGACCCUUUGCCAACUCGUGUUAAUGCUGAUCCAAAAAGCACAUUCCAUUGUAGCGUUGAAGGCAUCUGGAGAAUAAGCCAGCAGAUCAUCAACGCCUCGUCUCAAAAAACCGGUUGCAUUUCAGACCUCAUGCAACAGAUUGAACAGUUGAAGAGGAAAACGUCCCAGGCCGAGGAGGAGAAAUCUCAGUUGACAUUGAAACUGAGCGAAACUAUAAGUCAGAGAGAUGCGUUUGUGCAGGAGAAGACGUCCCUCCUUAACCAGCUGAGGGACCUGGAGCAGAGAAACGCUUUUUAUGCUGAAAAAUAUAAGGAAGAGGAAAACAGAGCCGUUGAGAGGAUAAAAACAAAUGAGGACUUAUUGGAAGAGUGUAGGGCAAAAGAUGCCCGAAUCGUUUCUUUAGAGAAAACGCUGAAAGAUAAAGAUUUGGCUAUUUUAGCGAUGAAACAAUCCGUUCGCGACGUGGAAGAGAAACUUGGCAUUUCAGAAGCCAAAAUUGGAAGAUUGGUGGAUCAGGAAUCACAACUGAAGGUGGAGGUUCUAGACCUGAAGAGAUUGAAUGAAGUUGAAAGAGAGAAGAGUGAAGAGUUGAAGCAACCAUGUCUCCCUGCUCCCCAAAGAAUUCACUUCGUGGAAGGACUGCACACAGAAGAUUUACAAGAGUCGCCAUUUUUAUUCCAAACUUUAGAUGUACGGUGCAAAGAGAAGAUCAUUGACGACAUGAGGCUGACCUUGGAGGAACAAGAACGGACUCAGUCCGAACAAGAUCAAAUUCUUCAGGCCACCUUAGCAGAGAAUGAAAGGUGUACAGCAGCAAGCAGAAACGCCACCCAAGCAGGGAACUCCCCAAAAGAGCACACCAGAACAUCUGGCAGCCACAUCCAACAAAACCCCAGAGACCGAACAGAUCCAGGGGAAUAUCAGAACCUCACAGAAGUAUUCAGCAAGACUGAGUGCAACAUUCUGAGUGCAACACCAAGGUUAAUAAAUGAGGUGCUGCAUGAGCACUUCUACAUGGGGGUCCUUGUCUAUCUGAGUGACAUCUUCAUCUACAUGGAGACCAUGGCUGACCACAUAUCCCUGGUCCAACAGGUACUAGAAAAACCUCUAGCAGACAACCUGUACAUCAAGCUAUCAAAAUGUGAAUUCCACCAUGUACAGCUAGACUACCUGGCCUACCAUGUGUCAAAUGAGGGAAUAGAGAUGGACCCAGCCAAAGUACAAGCUGUCCUAGGCUGGUAA